AUGCAGCCUCUCGCGUGUCUUCUCCUCGCCGCUACUGCGGCGCAAGCCCAUUACACCUUCCCUCGACUCGUCGUCAACGGGGUACCGGAGGAGGCGGACUGGUCCGUCACCCGCAUGACGAAGAACGCUCAGAGCAAGCAGGGCAUCGAGAACCCUACUGUACCGGAUAUUCGUUGCUACCAGUCGCGAAACGCCCCCAAUAUCGCGACUGUCCCCGCCGGAUCGACUAUCCAUUACAUCUCCACGCAGCAAGUCAAUCACCCUGGGCCUACCCAGUAUUACCUUGCCAAGGUUCCAGCAGGUCAAUCCGCGAAAACUUGGGAUGGCUCUGGUGCCGUCUGGUUCAAGUUCCACACCGAGAUGCCGAGAAUAGACGCCAACAAGCAGCUCACCUGGCCCGGUCAGAACGAAUACGUGACAACGAACGCUACGAUCCCGGACAGUAUCCCGGAUGGCGAGUAUCUUCUUCGUGUCGAACACAUCGCUCUGCACAUGGCGAUGCAGCCGAACAAGGCUCAGUUCUAUCUGUCAUGCUCGCAAAUCGAGAUUACUGGUGGAGGCAGCGCGAUACCCGCACCUUUGGUUGCAUUCCCGGGUGCGUACUCGUCCAACGAUCCUGGUAUUCUUGUGAACCUAGGCUCGAUCGGACCGGACUCGUACCAGCCUCCGGGGCCCGCGGUCUGGCAAGCCUAG